AUGAAGUUCUUCGUUGUUUCCUUCGCCCUUCUGGUCGUUGCCUCAGCCGACGUGGCUCGUCAACCACCCGCAGCUAUUCUGAAACAGACCAACGAAGUAUCACCAGACGGAACCUAUUCUUUCUCCUACGAGACCGAUAACGGAAUUUAUCACGGAGAAACUGGAACAUUGGUAGCAUCGAAUAGUAAGGACGCAACCCCUGUCGUAGCCACUCAAGGACAAUAUCAAUACACAUCUCCUGAUGGCACACCGAUCGCAGUAACAUACGUUGCUGACCAGAAUGGUUUCCAACCUCAAGGUGAACACAUACCGCAAAUAUCUCCUCUGAUCCAGAAGGCUAUCGAGUACAUCAAAGCGCAUCCACAACAAACCGAACGUCCCAAGCUAUAA